GAAAACCGGAAAGCCUUGCCUUCAGUUAUCUGGAUAGGUUUUUCUUUAACUGAGAGAGACAUAAAGCAAACAUACUCAACAAUAUAGACUGAUUAAAAUGGCCGGAACGGCUUCAGUAGCUGGUGAAGUGUUCGUUGAUGCUUUGCCAUAUUUUGACCAAGGUUACGAUGCAGCAGGUGUCAGAGAAGCGGCUGCAGCGUUGGUGGAGGAGGAGACCAGAAGAUACCGACCUACCAAGAACUACCUGAGCUACUUGCCCACACCUGACUUCUCUACUUUUGAGACAGAAAUUAUGAGAAAUGAAUUUGAGCGGCUGGCGGCUCGGCAGCCCAUGGAUCUCCUGAGCAUGAAGAGAUAUGAGCUGCCAGCGCCCUCAUCAGGACAGAAGAAUGACAUUACAGCGUGGCAGGAGUGUGUGAACAACUCAAUGGCUCAACUAGAGCACCAGGCAGUCCGCAUUGAGAACCUGGAGCUCAUGGCGCAGUAUGGAACCAAUGCAUGGAAAGUCUAUAACGAUAACUUGGCCUUCAUGAUUGAAAUGGCUCAAAAGGAACUUCAGAAAUUCAGGAAGCAAAUUCAAGAUUUAAACUGGCAGCGUAAAAAUGAUCAGUUAGCAGGAGGAGCCAAACUGCGAGAGCUGGAGUCAAACUGGGUGUCUCUGGUCAGUAAGAACUAUGAGAUCGAGCGGGCCAUCGUCCAGCUGGAGAAUGAAAUAACUCAGCUCAGACAACAGCAGGGGGACGAGAACAAGGAGAACAUCAGACAGGACUUCUAGAGCAGCAGCAGCAGCUUUCACCUUCAUAGCACUGAUCUGCAAACUAAUGAUCCCUCAAUCAGACAGAUUUCAUCUUGUUUCAAAAGGCUAACUGGACUAAGAAGCAACCUGAGGAGGGGAAAGUUACCUGUAUGGAGAUUUAAAGUGAAACUGCUUAUGUUCAGCUGCAUUAUCAAAUAACAUUGACAUUCAGAAUGAGUUGCUGAGAAACCUCAGUGACAACACAUUUUAGCAGACUUCACGCCUCUUAUUCUACUGUAAAAACAGUGGUGGAUUAUGGUAUAAUGCAGCUUUUUGACUGUGCAGAUGUUUAAAGUGAGACUGUGUACAGUUUGGAACAAGAUAAAACACAUUCAUCUUCUUACAAAUGGAGAGUUGAAUUCAUAAGCAAUAACACAUCUUUACUCAAUUCAGUACACUCAUGUUUUGCUGUUACAGCCUCACUUGGUCACAGGUGACAUUAUUCAGUAAAAGUGACAUAAUCUCACUUUAAACAUUCUAAAGGUUUAAAUUUAUACCAGCAUGUUGGUUUCAAUCUUUCUACCAACACAGGAGUGUGUUUAGAAUUAAGUGUACAUAGUUUGUCAAGUCUGUCAAAGACAAAAUUAUUUGAGCCCCACCUUGACUUCCAUUCAUGUAAUUUUUUUAUGCUGUUUUAAUAAAAUGAGCAUUUCUUAUA